AUGAAAGCAUCGACCGCGGGAGCUUCGUCCUCUGCACCAGUUGCGCACAAUGCGGUACCCCCACCACCUACCGCGUCUGCUACGCGCUCUUCUCGGAUUGCCCCACACUCGCAUAUCAAGGGCCUUGGGCUGAAUGCUGAAGGAUACGCCGCGUCGGAUGGCGCUGGGUUCAUUGGGCAGACUGAGGCGCGCGAGGCUUGUGGCGUGGUCGUCGACCUCGUCAAGUCGCGCAAAUUCUCCGGGCGCGCGCUGCUCCUUGUCGGUCCCCCCGGAACAGGAAAGACAGCUCUCGCUCUGGCUAUCUCUCAGGAGCUGGGCGCGAAGGUGCCGUUCUGUCCCAUGGUCGGUUCGGAGGUGUACAGUACGGAGGUGAAAAAGACGGAAGUCCUUGCUGAGGCGUUCCGGCGCGCGAUUGGUCUUCGGAUAAAGGAGACCAAGGAGGUGUAUGAAGGAGAGGUUACGGAGCUGACGCCCACGGAGUCGGAAAACCCUCUUAGCGGGUACGGCAAAACCGUCUCGCACGUAGUCAUUGGACUCAAAACCGUCCGCGGGACGAAGCAGCUGAGACUCGACCCGAGCAUAUACGAGGCCAUCCUGAAGGAGAAGAUCCAGGUGGGAGACGUCAUUUAUGUCGAGCAAAAUACGGGCGCGGUGAAGCGCGUGGGUCGCUCGGACGCGUACGCCUCCUCGUACGACUUGGAGUCCGAGACAUAUGUCCCUCUGCCCAAGGGCGACGUGCACAAGCGCAAGGAGCUCGUACAAGACGUGACGCUGGGAGACCUUGAUGCUGCAAACGCGCGGCCACAGGGGGGACAGGAUAUCAUGAGUGUGAUGGGUAGUCUGGUGAAGAGCGGUCGAACUGAGAUCACGGAGAAGCUUCGUCGAGAAGUGAACCGUGUGGUGAAGGGUUACGUUGACCAAGGCGUUGCGGAGGUCGUCCCGGGUGUGGUAUUCAUCGACGAGGUCCACAUGCUGGAUAUCGAGUGCUUCACUUACCUAAACGCGCUCCUGGAGUCUCCUAUGGCACCAACGGUAGUACUCGCUACCAAUCGCGGAAACGCUCUGGUUCGUGGUACUACGGACAUCUACGCCCCGCAUGGUAUUCCUGUGGAUUUGCUUGACCGGUGUCUCAUCGUGAGAACCGCACCAUACGAGAAGGAUGCGAUUGCCAAGGUUGUUCAAUUGCGCGCCAACGUGGAGGGCCUCAAGCUCGGCGACGGCGUUCUCGAACGCCUAGCCCAGAAAGGGCACGACAGCUCACUAAGAUAUGCACUGCAACUGCUCACGCCCGCGUCGAUCCUCGCGUCAAUUUCUGGGCGCAAGGAGAUCCAGCUCGAAGACAUCGACGAGAUGGGCGAGCUUUUCUUGGAUGCCAAGACGAGCGCAGACAUCAUCAGCAAGCACCAAAGCAGCGAGGUGUCAUAG